AAGACUGGGGCCUCCUCGUCGACACAUCACACUUCACCAUGAAGCUCCUGAUUCUUGUCUCCUUGGUUGCGGCAGCCGCCGCCGAGAAACUGCCGACUUACAGUCUACCAAGACCUUCUGGUCCAGGUCUCAUCAUAGGCGGCCAAGGGGCCAGCUGUGGAGCUGGACAGAUCCGUCAUGUGGACGGAAGUUGCGUGACUCCUAUUGUCACCAAAAACUUAUACGUGUAUAAUUCUCCACCAGCGUCCCCAAUCAUCGGACCACGCCCACAGGUUCCCCCACCAAGGCUUGAACACAACAUUAUCUUCAUCCGUACCCCAGAAGCAGGUCCAGGUCAGGAACCCAUUGUGGUGCCACCACCUCAACAGAAGAACGUCGUGUACGUCCUCAACAAGCGACUACAGCUUGACCAGAAGGUCGUCCACGUGCCAGCAUCAGAACAACAGACUCCACAAGUGUACUUCGUCAACUACGGAGAGGGCGACAACCCGACUCUACCUACAGGAGAGGACCUCCAGUCUGCCCUCAGCUCUGCCUCUCACGGUGCCGGUCAGGUUAUCGGCGCUGGUGGUGGCAUUGGAGGUGGCAUUGGAAGUGGCAUUGGAGGUGGCAUUGGAGGUGGCAUUGGCGGCGGCAUUGGCGGUGGCAUUGGAGGUGGCAUUGGCGGCGGCAUUGGAGGCGGCAUUGGCGGAGGCGGUGUCCUGAGUGACAGUGGAGUCGGUGUGUCGACGCCGUCUCGUCUAUAUUCAUCACCGUAAGCAAUUCAACAGCACCAUCUUCCUUAGGCUCUGGCUCUCAAACCACUAAACGAAAGAACUCACCGGCUUAAAAUUAUUUCCAGCUUUGUUAAUUUUAUUAUGUAAUAUUUAUUUUAGGCAAGAGAUGGAUUUAUAUUUAAAAUGUCAAACCUAACAUCUGUAAACAAUGGCUAAGAUAAAUAUAUACAUACUAUAUUUA